GCCUCGCUCUGGCUCGCGCCGCGCCUCCGCGCCGAGUCCGCGCGUCAGUCGGUCCAGAGCGCAGCUGCGGGGCGGUAGGCUGCAGCCAAGGUAGCGCGCCGGCCUCGGAGGCGGCGGUGACUGGGGCGUCGCGGGAGGAGGCUCGGAGCCAAGACUUGACCAGCGUCAUGGCCCCUAUUGGCCUCAAAGCCGUGGUCGGGGAGAAAAUCAUGCAUGAUGUGAUCAAGAAGGUCAAGAAGAAGGGGGAAUGGAAGGUGCUGGUGGUGGACCAGCUAAGCAUGAGGAUGCUCUCUUCCUGCUGCAAGAUGACAGACAUCAUGACCGAGGGGAUAACAAUUGUGGAAGACAUCAACAAGCGCAGAGAACCGCUCCCCAGCCUGGAGGCCGUGUAUCUUAUCACUCCAUCCGAGAAGUCUGUCCACUCUCUCAUCAGUGACUUUAAGGACCCACCGACUGCUAAAUACCGGGCUGCACACGUCUUCUUCACUGACUCUUGUCCAGAUGCCCUGUUUAAUGAGCUGGUAAAAUCUCGAGCAGCCAAAGUUAUCAAAACACUGACGGAAAUCAACAUUGCAUUUCUCCCGUAUGAAUCCCAGGUGUAUUCUUUGGACUCUGCUGACUCUUUCCAAAGCUUCUACAGUCCCCACAAGGCUCAGAUGAAGAACCCUAUCCUGGAGCGGCUGGCAGAGCAGAUCGCAACCCUGUGUGCCACCCUGAAGGAGUACCCAGCUGUGCGGUAUCGGGGGGAAUACAAGGACAACGCCUUGCUGGCUCAGCUAAUCCAGGACAAGCUUGAUGCCUAUAAAGCUGAUGACCCAACAAUGGGGGAGGGCCCAGACAAGGCACGCUCUCAGCUCCUGAUCCUGGACCGAGGCUUUGACCCCAGUUCACCUGUGCUCCACGAACUGACUUUUCAGGCUAUGAGUUAUGAUCUGCUGCCUAUUGAAAAUGACGUUUACAAGUAUGAGACCAGCGGCAUCGGAGAGGCGCGGGUGAAGGAAGUGCUCCUGGAUGAGGAUGAUGACCUGUGGAUAGCACUACGCCACAAGCACAUCGCAGAGGUGUCCCAGGAAGUCACCCGGUCUCUGAAAGAUUUUUCUUCCAGCAAGAGAAUGAAUACGGGAGAGAAGACCACCAUGCGGGACCUGUCUCAGAUGCUGAAGAAGAUGCCUCAGUACCAGAAAGAGCUCAGCAAGUAUUCGACCCACCUGCACCUUGCCGAGGACUGCAUGAAGCAUUACCAAGGCACCGUAGAUAAACUCUGCCGAGUGGAGCAGGACCUGGCAAUGGGCACAGAUGCAGAAGGGGAGAAGAUCAAGGACCCCAUGAGAGCCAUUGUCCCCAUCCUGCUGGAUGCGAAUGUCAGCACUUACGACAAAAUCCGCAUCAUCCUUCUCUACAUCUUUUUGAAGAAUGGCAUCACUGAGGAGAACCUGAACAAGCUGAUCCAGCAUGCUCAGAUCCCCCCAGAGGACAGCGAGAUCAUCACCAACAUGGCGCACCUUGGGGUGCCCAUCGUCACGGAUUCCACGUUGCGCCGCAGGAGCAAGCCGGAGCGGAAGGAGCGCAUCAGUGAGCAGACUUACCAGCUCUCACGGUGGACCCCGAUCAUUAAGGACAUCAUGGAGGAUACUAUCGAGGACAAACUUGAUACCAAGCACUACCCAUAUAUCUCCACCCGCUCCUCCGCCUCCUUCAGUACCACUGCUGUCAGCGCUCGCUAUGGGCAUUGGCACAAGAAUAAGGCCCCGGGGGAGUACCGCAGCGGCCCCCGCCUCAUUAUUUUCAUCCUUGGGGGCGUGAGCCUGAACGAGAUGCGCUGUGCUUACGAGGUGACCCAAGCCAACGGCAAGUGGGAGGUACUGAUAGGUUCUACUCAUAUUCUUACUCCCACCAAAUUUCUCAUGGACCUGAGACACCCCGACUUCAGGGAGUCCUCUAGGGUAUCUUUUGAGGAUCAGGCUCCAACAGUGGAGUGAGAGCCAAAGAAACAAAGAUCCACGCACAUUCUCACCCCACAGAAACUGCUGGACACGCUGAAGAAACUGAAUAAAACAGAUGAAGAAAUAAGCAGUUAAAAAAAAUAAGCCACCCCUCCAAACCACAACCCCCUUCCCACAGUGCUCCUCAGCUCCCUAGCGCGACGCCUCGGUUACUUUGCUGCCUCCCAGCCCUGCACGCCCUGGCCGGCCCUGUCGCGCUGCUUUCUUGUGUUUCAUGAUGCCCUCUUCUCGUUUGGAGCAAAAGAGAAUAAUGCAUUGUGUUUUUUAAAAAAAGAGUAUCUUACAUAUGUAUCCUACAAGGAGAAGUUCACCUGCAAGUGCUGUGCUGCGGAAGUGUGUGAACUCUAGAAUGAAUGGACUCCUCCCUGUUAUUUAUGAUUCUGUGACCUUGUACAUAGCCCCAGCGACAUGUGCAAAUUGCUUGAGUAUGCAAAGGUAGAAGUUUGGGUGUUGUUAUGGUCUUGUUUGGGGUUGUUCCUGUUCUUGUUGGGAUUCACAGAGGUGUCUGUGUUCUCAAAGUAUUUCACACUGAGGAUGAAUCUGUUCUCUUCACUCCAGUUCCUCCCCUUGGUGCCUGUUCUCAUCCAGAGCAGCUGCGAAGUGACAAUCGGGACAGACACGUUGUGAGGCUGGAGGUUCUUCCCCCACUCGCUCGUGCUCUCAGUGGUAUGGCUACGGGUGGGGGUUGGGGGUGUCACACAAAGCCAGGCUGGGCGUUUGCUGGCGUCUUCUCCACAGCUGGCACUGCCCUCCCUGACCUGUGUCCGCAGAGGUGUGACCCUGAGGGGAGUCCUUCUCCAGCCUGAGUCACCGCGGCCAGACGUGUGAAGAGCAUUUGCUCACUGGGACCUCUGGGGAAACUGUUAGGCCUGCCCACUUGACCAGACCCCUUCCUGCCCUGGCAGCGUCCGUAACAGCUCCUUUUCACGGGCAGGGUCAGUCUGGGCUGGCUCGAGCGUCAGGAAGCCCUGGUCAGGGGACCCUUUGCUGGAGGAAGAGCCAUGGACCUGAAGAACAGGGCCCCUCUGUCCUCUCUUACUGGAUUGAGGCUGAACCUGUCCCUGUCUUGCAAGCAACAUUUGUUAGAUUAUCCUCAGUUUAAAAUACUUACAAUUCUUUAUUUUGUGUAUUGUGCAGUCAUAUGUCAUUGUGGUCGUAAGAGAAAAUGAUCAUUUUAUUCUCUGUAUAAAAAUGUAGCUGUAAAGCAGAAAUUAAACAGAUGCUGGAAGGAUGUCUCCUCAUCCUCAGGACUCAGCAGUUCCCCAGUGCCUGGGAGUGAGCACAUCGCUUGUUCUGCUGCUGUUGUCAGGAAAUAUGACAGUGGAAGUCACAAAAAACGUCCCUGCCCAGUCCCCGCCUCCCUCUCCCUCCCGCAGACUGUGUGUAUCUUACUGUGUCUUGUGAUGUCGUUGCAAAUGUGGCGUAUGCUAAUUCAGCACAGCCUCCACCUUCCUUUGACAGUAUGUUCCUCACCCGCCGGUUAGAUGCAUUGUGGUGUGAAAUCCCCCUCUGCACAGAUUAGUUUUCAGGUCACCUCCUGGUCGUCCCCUCCCCUUAAGAGAUCUUAUUUCCUUAGGACAGAACUGUAGGGCCUUGCAUUGGUUUGUUUCUUAUCCGUGCCGCUUCUUUUGUCCCCUCCCUCCGACCAAGCAAUGCUUCAGGACCUUGUUUGUCAAACAUGUUGGUUUUCCUUUCUCUGUUAUUUAUAUAAAAAUAAUUUAUCAAAAGGAUAUUUUAAAAAAAAAAAAGCUAGUUUGUCUUGAACCUUGUUUACCUUUAAAUUAUCAGAAUCUCAGUGUUUGAAAGUAUUGAAGCACAAACAUGUAUCAUCUCUGUACCGUUCUGUACUAAAGCACUCAAGUCUAAUAAAUAAAUCAGUGCCCGUUCGCAUUGUCCAGGGCAACUGCA